CACAGUCAAGAAUACGAGCCAUUCGCCCACCAUCGUUGAGCCUGAAGGCUUUGUUAUUCUUGGUCUCAGGCUACCCUUUCACCAUGUCCAGGGCGACCAUCAGUCCGCCUCAUCUUCACUCACUGUACAACCUUCAGUACAGACACCGUCCGCGAUUAGUCACAACACCUUUUCCCUCUUGGGAACUGAGCGGAUUCGAUCGAACUGCGACAUAACAAGCAUACCACAGCCCUCCAUGAAGCCCAGCGACUGCUUAUGACAGCUCCUACCACCCCAUUAUGGGCUACGACCAUGCUGAGCAAAGAGAGGUGCACCCUCCGGAUACCGGCUCCAGCUCCAGCUCUGGUGCGACGGCGAGCGCAAGUGACAAUGGUGCGAUAAAAGAGUGGGAGGAACCAAGAGAAAGCAAUCAGUCGAUAAAUACAGAUACUGAUCCGGAGGCCAAGCCAGAGCAUAGGCACCACCACAAGAGACGGCACGAUGGGCCCAUACUCAGGUUACGUGGAACCGAAGAUGACCUGCCCACGGAUUGGUGGUUUGCUUCUACUGCCAUCCCGCUGCUCGCUGCGACAUUUGCGCCCAUGGCAAAUAUGAUUUCAAUAGAAGCUCUGGUUGUACCCUGGAGGAACAAUGUCGUCCUGCCAGAAGUUCCCGUAUACUAUCAAGCCACCUCUAUCGGCUACCCGGACCCAGACUGGUGCAUCAAGCUCAAUAUCGUCUCGCUCGUCUGCGGAUUUGUUGGCAAUCUGUUUCUGCUCUUCAAUUUCACGAAGCGAGUACGUUAUAUCGUUGCUCUUCCAGCGACCAUUGUCCUCUUCUAUCUUGCCUCGGGCAUCUUAAUUGGCAUAACCGUCUCCAUGCACGUCCAUGCUCCACCAGGCCAGAACCAAGUCUAUUCUCAAGGAUUCUGGAAUGCCGUUAUUGCAGCAUGUCUCUACAUGUUCAACUCGAUGAUCCUCAUGGUCAAUAUGGCCGGUUACUUCCUUGGUCAUUAUCCUCAACAUUUCACCCUGACCGACGAACAGCGCAACCUGAUUCUGCAAGCCAUGAUGUUCUUUAUCUGGCUCGCAGGUGGAGGAGGUGUCUUCGCACGGAUUGAAGGCUGGACCUACCCGGACGCCGUCUACUUCUGCGACGUCACAAUCUUGACCGUUGGUUUUGGAGACUUCUACCCAACAACUGACCUCUCACGAGGUCUCGUCUUCCCAUUCUCGGUCGGUGGCAUUAUCAUCUUAGGUCUCAUGGUCAGCUCCAUUCACAAAUUUGCUGGGGAGCUCAGCACUCUCAACGUGCUCCGAAAACAUGUGGAAAAUAGGCGCAUCAACACUCUGUCCAGGGUCGUCACUGUUGAAGCCGGUGAAGAGGCGCAGGAGGAAACUCGACGAGAAGACCUAGAGAAAGAGAUCCAGAUUGAACGGCUUCAAGGUCGAAAGAUCCCAAUCUCUGCUCCCUUGCCCAAUCCCCAGAUUGAGCGUGAUCUGGAUGUGGCUGCUCAUGUCGGCCUACAGGAGGACUCAACAAGUCAAGAUAGCACUCAGGACCGACAGACUGGUCAUCAGAUCGGGUUUGAGGGUCCAACGGCCACGGAACAGAUUCAAAAAGCAGAAGAGAGCGAACCUCAUCCCCGGCAGUUCUUGAAUCAAAACUUCCGGCCCAUCCAUGCCACUCUGAGAAUGCUAGCAAAGCCGGUCCAAGGUUUGGUAAGGUCGAGAACCAGAAGUUCAAAAGUACUUCUUAUGAGGGAGGAGAAAGACCGAUUCGACGCUAUGCGAGAAAUUCAGGAAGAUGCCAAGAAGUUCAAGAAGUGGUUUGCCCUCUUCGUAUCGGGUCUCGCCUUCGGUGCCCUUUGGUGCUUGGGCGCCAUCGUGUUCUGGCAGGCAGAGAAGAACACCCAAGGUCUGUCCUACUUCGAGGCGCUCUAUUUCUGCUACGUGAGCUUGUUAACCAUCGGAUACGGCGACUUGAGCCCCAAGAGUAACGCCGGCAAACCAUUCUUUGUGGUGUGGUCCCUGAUCGCUGUCCCAACCAUGACAAUUCUAGUCUCGGACAUGGGCGACACUGUCAUUUCGAGUUUCAAGCGGGGCACUUUCGUUCUGGGUGACAUGACCGUCCUGCCUAAGAAGGGCCUCUGGCACGAUCUGCUCAAAGCCAAUCGCUGGCUAUACAACUGGGCGAACAGAAGAAUGGAGAAGCGUAGGCGUAAAAGGGGACUUCCCGUGGGUCCUCCGGCUAACGACUUGGCGUCGCCCUUGAGCAUCGAGGAGCUUGCCAGAGAAGAACCGACUGAAGCAGAAUUGACGCAGCGUCUGGCCUGGGCGAUUCGUAAAACAGCCGAUGAUCUGCAGCACGCGCCGCGCAAGCGCUACAGCUACGAAGAAUGGGCGGAGUUCACCCGCCUGAUCCGAUUUACAAAGUAUGGCCUGAAGCAACUCGAGUACGACGAGGAGACCGACGGUGUGGUUGAUUGGGAUUGGCUCGAGGAGAGCAGUCCCAUGCUGAGCGGCCAGACUGAGUCCGAGUGGAUUCUGGACCGGCUGUGUGAGAGUCUGUUGCGGCUGUUGAAGAAAAAUAUGCAGGGGACAGACACGGCGCUCGGGUCGUCUACCACGAAUCUUUCGACGUACCCACUGUCACGCCAGGUCACCAGCGAGGACACGGCAACCACUGCGAACGACAAGCUGGACAAGGGCAAAUCCGCCGAGCCUGCAUCCCCAACGGAAAGGCAGGGACUCCGGCGCCGAGCUUCGGGUGCUGAUGCAGUCCUUACUUUUUUCACCGGCGAACGCAAGGGUGAACGUGCGUACGAGAUAGACGUGCCGCACUGGAGUCAACGAGCGAAGAACAGGGCGAUAGAACGGCGUAGAAGCGACAGCGGAGCGCAUAAGAAGCGCCGAGGCCCGUUCAGCAGGCUUGAAGCCAGGGUGACCGGGACAGUUGGUGGCGGGCGCGGCGGCGCGGGCAUGCGCACGCUGAAGAUGAGGCAUAUGACCGGCAACACGAAGCCAGAAGACUGAUUUUGGGAUGUUUUGGAUGCACUUGUAGCAUCUUGUUGGUGUUCUUGGAAUUUCUGGAUGUACCUACUUGUACUUGGUGAUUAAAUGUAUAUGACGAGCCGGGAACGCUUGUGAUGGAACGGAGAACAGGACAGGACAGGACGGGACAGAACAGAAUAGGUAUGGGAAGAGGGAUAGAUGUCCACCUUAUGGUGACCUGCAAUACGGGCAUGGCUACUCGUAUCAAGGAGUGACCCAAGGCUCGAUGUUAUACCCCAUGAUGCUUGCAAAUGUCGUACUAGACUGAAUAGACAAUGAAGGAC